CGGGACGCCGGAACCGCUAUAAGGGAUGUUGUUUGGCUUCGCGGCCGCUGAGUGGAGAAGCCGCAGCGGGGGUAGUCGCCGGGCGGAGAUAUUUGAGGUGAAAAUACACGUGUAAACCCUGGCGUUUACAGAAGAUGAAAGACAUCGACAUAGGAAAAGAGUACAUUAUACCCAGUCCUGGGUAUAGAAGUGUGAGGGAGAGAGCCAACUCCGUGCAGCAUGAAGAACAGGAGGGGUCAAAAUUUCAGCAUGCUAAACAUAAGCAGAUUGAAUGCCAGGAUGCCUUGGAAGCAGCUGCUCGGGCAGAAGGCCUACCACUGGACACCUCUGUGCAUUCCCAGCUGAGAAUGCUGGAUGAAGAGCAUCACAAGGGCAAAUACCACCAUGGCCUGAAUGUGCUGAAACCCAUACGGACUACUUCCAAACACCAGCACCCUGUUGAUAAUGCGGGGCUUUUCUCCUGCAUGACCUUCUCCUGGCUCACUCCUUUGGCCCACAGAGCGUACAAGAAAGGGGAAUUGUUUAUGGAUGAUAUAUGGUCUUUAUCAAGGCAUGAGUCUUCAGAUGUCAAUUGCAGAAGGCUGGAGAGAUUGUGGCAGGAAGAACUUAAAGAAAGUGGGCCCGACAAUGCUUCUCUCCGGAGGGUUGUGUGGAUUUUCUGCCGCACCAGGCUCAUCAUUUCCAUAGUGUGUCUGAUGAUCACGCAGCUCGCUGGUUUUAGUGGACCAGCGUUCGUUGUGAAACAUCUUUUGGAGUAUACCCAACAGAGUGAGUCCAACCUGCAGUACAGCUUGUUUUUAGUUUUUGGCAUCUUUAUGACGGAAAUAGUGCGAUCUUGGUCCCUUGCGCUAACCUGGGCUUUGAAUUACCGCACGGGGGUUAGACUGCGUGGAGCUAUCUUGACAAUGGCGUUUAAGAAAAUUCUUAAGCUGAAGAACAUCAAGGAGAAGUCUCUUGGAGAGCUCAUAAAUGUAUGUUCCAACGAUGGUCAAAGGAUGUUUGAAGCUGCAGCAGUUGGCAGUCUGUUGGCUGGGGGCCCUAUUGUGGCCAUCUUAGGAAUGGUUUAUAAUGUGAUUAUUCUGGGUCCAACAGGCUUCUUGGGCUCUGCUGUCUUCAUCCUUUUCUACCCAGCAAUGAUGUUUGUGUCACGCCUCACAGCUUAUUUCAGAAGAAAAUGUGUAUCAACAACAGAUGAGCGUGUGCAGAAGAUGAAUGAAGUUCUUAACUACAUUAAGUUCAUUAAAAUGUAUGCCUGGGUCAAACCAUUUUCUCAGAAUGUUCAAAAAAUUCGUGAGGAAGAACGUAAAAUCCUAGAGCGUGCAGGCUACUUCCAGAGCAUCACUGUGGGUGUGGCUCCCAUAGUUGUGGUCAUUGCCAGUGUGGUGACCUUUUCUGUCCAUAUGAUCCUUGGCUACGAUCUUACAGCAGCUCAGGCAUUUACAGUGGUCACUGUCUUUAAUUCAAUGACUUUUGCUCUAAAAGUAACACCUUUCUCAGUGAAGUCUUUAUCAGAGGCAUCUGUUUCUGUUGACAGAUUUCAGAGUUUAUUUCUAAUGGAAGAGGUUCAUAUGAUAAAGAAAAAACCAGCCAAUCCUCACACCGCGAUAGAGGUGAAAAAUGCUACCUUGGCUUGGGACUUCUCCCACGCCAGCGUCCAGAGCUCACCAAAGUUGACCCCCAAAGUGAAAAAAGACAAGAAAGUCACCAAGGGCAAGAAAGAGAAAAUGAAGCUGCAGAAUGAGGGACAGCAAGCUGUGCUGGCAGAGCAGAAGGGCCAUCUUCUAGUGGACAAUGAUGACCAUCCUAGCCCUGAAGAGGAGAACAAAAUCAUCCACCUGGUUAACCUUCGACUUCAGAGGACUCUCUACAACAUUGACUUGGAGAUAGAAAAGGGAAAACUUGUUGGAAUUUGUGGCAGUGUGGGGAGCGGAAAAACUUCACUUAUCUCAGCAAUUCUAGGACAGAUGACCCUGUUGGAAGGUAGCAUUGCAGUAAGUGGAACAUUUGCAUAUGUGGCCCAGCAGGCCUGGAUUCUCAAUGCUACACUUCGGGACAACAUUCUUUUUGGCAAGGAAUAUGAUGAAGAAAGAUACAAUACGGUGUUGAAUGGUUGCUGUCUAAGGCCUGACCUAGCCAUCCUUCCAAACGGGGACCUGACAGAGAUUGGUGAACGAGGGGCUAACCUGAGUGGAGGACAGCGUCAGAGAAUCAGUCUGGCCCGAGCCCUGUACAGUGACAGGAGCAUUUACAUCCUUGAUGAUCCCCUUAGUGCCUUAGAUGCUCAUGUUGGAAAUCACAUUUUUAACAGUGCAAUAAGGAAGCACCUGAAGUCAAAGACUGUCCUUUUCAUCACUCAUCAGCUUCAGUAUCUUGUUGACUGUGAUGAAGUGAUCUUCAUGAAAGAAGGCUGCAUUACUGAGCGAGGAAGUCAUGAAGAACUGAUGAAUUUAAGUGGGGACUAUGCAACUAUUUUUAAUAACCUACAGCUGGGAGAAACACCACAUAUUGAGAUUAAUAUAAAGAAGAACACAAACAAUUCACUGAAAAGACCCCAGGAUAAAAGUACCAAAACAGGGUCUGUGAAGAAGGAGAAAGUUGUAAAGAAGGAAGAGGGCCAGUUGGUCCAGCUGGAAGAGAAAGGCAAAGGCUCUGUCCCUUGGUCUGUUUAUGGUAUCUACAUUCAGGCAGCUGGAGGCCCCUUUGCAUUCCUUGUCAUCAUGGCGCUGUUUGUGCUGAACGUGGGCAGUACAGCUUUUAGCAACUGGUGGCUGAGUUUCUGGAUCAAGCAAGGCAGUGGAAACACCACUGUGACUUUGGGAAAUGAUACUGUCAUAAGCAACAGUAUGAAAGAUAACCCUCACAUGCAUUACUAUGCUGGCAUCUAUGCACUGUCUAUGGCAGUUAUGUUGAUCCUGAAAGCUGUCCGUGGUGUUGUCUUUGUAAAGGGAACUCUCAGAGCAUCCUCAAGGCUCCAUGAUGAGCUCUUCCGACGGAUUCUGCGCAGCCCCAUGAAGUUCUUUGACACUACACCCACUGGGCGGAUUCUCAACAGGUUUUCCAAAGACAUGGAUGAAGUUGACGUUCGUUUGCCAUUUCAAGCAGAAAUGUUCAUCCAGAAUGUCAUCCUUGUGUUCUUCUGUGUGGGGGUUAUUUCUGGGGUUUUCCCCUGGUUCCUGGUAGCAGUGGGGCCCCUCAUUGUCCUGUUCACGGUUCUCCAUGUUGUGUCUAGAGUCUUUAUUCGAGAGCUCAAGCGUCUGGACAACAUCACACAGUCUCCGUUCCUGUCUCAUAUCACAUCUAGCAUACAGGGUCUCUCCACGAUCCAUGCCUACCACAAAGGACAGGAAUUUCUGCACAGGUAUCAGGAGCUCCUAGAUGACAAUCAGGCACCAUUUUACCUGUUCAGCUGUGCAAUGCGCUGGCUGGCUGUUCGGCUGGACAUUAUCAGCAUUGCUCUUAUAACAACUACUGGCCUUAUGAUUGUCUUAAUGCAUGGCCAGAUUCCUCCUGCCUACGCUGGGCUGGCUAUCUCAUAUGCUGUGCAGUUAACAGGGUUAUUCCAGUUUACGGUCAGACUUGCAUCAGAGACAGAAGCUCGCUUCACCUCAGUGGAGAGGAUUGAUCACUAUAUCAAGACACUUUCCCUGGAAGCUCCUGCUCGAAUUAAGAAUAAAACUCCUCCUCUGGACUGGCCACAGGAAGGUGAAGUUGUUUUUGAAAAUGCAGAGAUGCGGUACCGAGAGAACCUCCCUCUAGUACUUAAAAAAGUGUCCUUUACUAUCAAACCGAAGGAAAAGAUUGGCAUUGUGGGAAGGACAGGCUCUGGGAAGUCUUCCCUUGGAAUGGCCCUCUUCCGCCUGGUUGAACUGUCUGGAGGCUGCAUUAAAAUUGAUGGUGUGAAAAUAAAUGACAUUGGUUUGGCAGAUCUUCGCAGCAAACUCUCAAUAAUUCCUCAGGAACCUGUGCUAUUCAGUGGCACUGUGAGAUCAAACUUGGAUCCUUUCAAUCAGUACAGUGAGGAACAAAUCUGGGAUGCUUUGGAAAGGACUCACAUGAAGGAGUGUGUUGCCCAGCUGCCUAUGAAACUUGAUUCGGAAGUGAUGGAAAAUGGGGAAAACUUUUCAGUUGGAGAGAGACAGUUACUGUGCAUAGCUAGGGCUCUACUGCGUCGUUGCAAGAUUUUGAUACUGGAUGAAGCAACAGCUGCUAUGGACACAGAGACAGACUUACUGAUUCAGGAGACUAUCAGAGAGGCAUUUGCAGACUGCACUAUGUUAACAAUUGCUCAUCGCCUGCAUACGGUACUGGGCUCUGAUCGGAUCAUGGUGCUAACACAAGGACAGGUAGUGGAAUUCGACACGCCAUCUGCCCUUCUGGCCAAUGAGAACUCGCGCUUCUAUGCUAUGUUUGCUGCUGCGGAGAACAAGAUCUGGUGGCUGGAUCCAGAACUGACGUACGGCAAUGCCAAGCCAUUUGUCUUCACGCAGGGCCACUCAGUGUGUAACCGGUCUUUCUUCCCCUGCUUUGACACACCAGCAGUGAAGUGUACCUACUCAGCUACUGUCAAGGCUCCAGCAGGCGUACAGGUGCUGAUGAGUGCCACCCAAAGCACCUACUUAGAAGAGGAAGGUGUAUAUCAAUUUUACAUGGAAUAUCCAGUUCCUGCCUAUCUAGUGGCCCUGGUGGCAGGAGACCUUAUACAUGCAGACAUAGGUCCAAGGAGCAGAGUGUGGGCAGAGCCUUGCCUGCUGCCAACAGCCAUCAGCAAGCUUUCUGGCAUGGUUGAGCGCUGGUUGACUGCUGCAGAGAGUCUGUAUGGUCCAUAUAUAUGGGGAAGAUACGACAUUGUUUUUCUUCCUCCAUCCUUCCCUAUUGUUGCCAUGGAAAACCCAUGCCUGACCUUCAUCAUCUCUUCCAUUCUGGAGAGCGAUGAGUUUUUGAUCAUUGACGUCAUCCAUGAAGUUGCCCACAGCUGGUUUGGAAACGCAGUCACCAAUGCUACGUGGGAGGAGAUGUGGCUGAGCGAGGGGCUAGCCACAUAUGCACAGCGCCGGAUCACCACUGAGACCUAUGGAGCUGCCUUCACGUGUUUGGAGACUGCAUUCCGCCUUGAUGCUCUCCACAGACAGAUGAAGCUCCUUGGAGAAGACAACCCGGUCAGCAAGCUUCAGGUUAAACUGGAGCCAGGUGUAAAUCCUAGUAAUUUAAUGAACCUCUUCACCUAUGAGAAAGGCUACUGCUUUGUUUACUACCUGUCCCAGCUCUGUGGUGACCCAAGACAUUUUGACUCCUUCCUAAGAGCCUACAUCGAGAAGUACAAAUUUACCAGCGUUGUGGCUCAAGAUCUUCUGGAUUCCUUCCUGAAUUUUUUUCCAGAGCUGAAAGAGCAAUGUGUUGAGAGCAAAGCAGGACUGGAGUUUGAACGUUGGCUCAAUGCUACAGGACCUCCGUUAGCUGAGCCAGACUUAUCUCAGGGAUCCAGUCUGACCAGACCAGUGGAGACGCUCUUCAAACUCUGGACCACAGAGCCUCUGGACUCUGUUGCUGCUGCCAGCAGUGUUGACCUCACUAAAUGGAGAACGUUCCAAACCGUGCUUUUCUUGGACAGAUUGCUGGAUGGGUCACCACUGCCACAUGAGGUGAUAAAAAAGCUUUCGGAAUGUUACUCCUCUCAGUUGGACUCCAUGAAUGCAGAAAUCCGUAUCCGCUGGUUGCAGAUUGUAGUCCGAAAUGACUAUUAUCCAGACCUUUACAAAGUCCGUCGCUUCUUGGAAAACCAGAUGUCUCGGAUGUACACAAUUCCACUUUAUGAGGACCUUUGCACUGGCACCCUCAAGUCUUUUGCCUUAGAAAUUUUUUACCAGACCCAAAACCAGCUGCACCCCAAUUUGCGGAAAACCAUCCAACAGAUUUUAUCACAGGGCUUGACUCCACUUCCUGCCAUAGACACUACAGCAGUCACUACAGACACACCAGCAAUGGUGCUUGAGGACAAAGUCUCAGAGGCCACAAAUGGUGCCAUUUCACUCAGGGAUGUUAAUGUGUCUGCUUAGAUCACCAGCUCAUGCCAGCCAUGAAGCUUGAAAAUGGGGACAGGAACAGAGGAAAGAUACCAAGUGUCGCCUCCUUUCCCUCAGCCCUGCGGCUGCAGCGUGUUGUUAUUGUAACUGGAUUUCUCUCCCAAAACACAAAGCAAAUGUGCCUUCAAGUAUCCAGCGUGUGACACUGCCAGAUUUCAGAGAUCUCCUUCAGCUGUGGGAUGGAUAUUUUGAUUCAGUUUAUACUGGGCAGGGACUCCUGGGCAGUUGCUUCUCUGUGGAAAGUGGAUAGUUCCCUUUCUGAGGCUCUUCCGGAUGGUUUCUCCAAGUUUGUUCAUUGGUGGUUUGUUUUCUUCAUUUUCUUUUUAUUUUGUCUGAGGCCACUGAGGCAUGUCCUGCUUGCUGUGUAUAUGUUGCUGGGGAGCAUAUACAUGUCAAGCUGCCAUUAUUCUGAUAUUUGGGCUGAAGUGCUGCAAAGGAGAGACUCAGGAAUUGUCAGUGGCAGCAAACACGUUUUCAUGUUAUGCUCCUUACUGUGACAGAUGUGUUGUGAUUUGGGAGGUAGGGGACUAAUGCUUAAAUAAUUAAGAAACUAAUUUUAAAUAGCUCCUGUUUCCCCCCCGCCCCUAGGUGGCUAAAUAAUAAUAAUCCUUUUUAUAUAUAUAUAAAUAAAUAUAUAUAUAUAUAAAAGAACAGGGAAACCUUAUGAUGGAUUUGAAAUCCUUCUGUACUUAACCCUACCCUCAGUUUUCCCUUUGCACUCAAUGGGACAAGCAAUAAAGAAAUGCGUAGGCUCGAAUUUUCAAAUAGUUAAAUUUAGGUGCCCAAACGCCAUCAAUUGUGGUACUGGCUGGAUGCCUAAAUCUUUUUAACUGUUUUGACAAGUCUAGCUGCAACCUUUGUUAGUGUGUUAGGAUGUGUAGCACGUGCAUUCAUCAGAUGCACUGUGUGUCUUCUAUACUGUCCUCUUGGAAGAAUUAACAGGACCUUUAAUUUUUCAAAAGAUCCCUAGCAUAUGUUGGGCCUGUGAGUCAGCUAUGGAGAUAUCCAUGCUAAAAUUUUACUGCCUUGAAUAACAUUUGCCUGAAUAACAAUUGCCCUGUCAUACAACAGUCUGAGGGAAGUGCCCUCUUUCUUGAUGUGAAAUUUUUAAGCCCCGCUUUACCCGAGUCUGUUUUCUGACUUACGGUGGUGGUAAGAUGCCAUUUCAUUUACACGGCAUGCUAUUUGUAUUGAUCACUGGCCAGGCACGCAAGAUGGGGAGACACUCUCUUCCGUCUGCGCCGUUUGGUCUCAGGAAGCUGAGGGCAAAGCAUCGUUGGGUAUUACAGAGUACAGGUGAUGGUUCUUAGACUCUGUGCCACAUCCUUUUUAACAUGUGGGUACCUGUGUGCCUCUCAGUGAGCUCCCAUGAAGCAUCUCUGAGCUGAGGUAUCAGCAGGAUGGAGGACUAGUUUGAAUAAAAGGUGAAACAUUUGGAAGAGGCUCAGCUAAAGGAGAUGUGAGAGAGAAACUGUUAUGUACUUGGGGCAAAUUUUAGCCCUGCUAUGGGGAUCUGCAUAGCACAGGAAGAGGGGAAAGUCGGGAGAUAUUUUUUUUUUUUUUCCACCAAAAGUAUCUGUUUACACCCAUGUGUGGAUGGGGACUUAGGUGCUGUUACUGGAUCUGCAUUUUCUGGCUUUAAAUUAGUUUGGACUUCACCGUAGCCUUAGCCUGGGCUGAACUGGGAUAAAGCAAUAAUAAACUCAGGCCUCUGUAGUGCUUCGUUAGUUUUCAGAAUGGGCCAUCAGCAUUGUUGGGCUUCAGAACUCCAAGAUCCGCUCUUUGCUCCUUGAAUGGGAUUAUCUUUUUCGUUCUGUUUUUUUUUCCCAGAAAGGAUGGAGAAUGACGUUUUCUGUACAAAUCUCUUUCCUUUUUAUUUGUUGUUCUAUUGAAAGAGAUUUGUGCAAGCUGACUUUCCACUUCCUGAGUUGCUGCUGUUGGUGCUGUGUCUCCUGGACCCCACUGCCAGCAGCGGCAGCCUGGCCAAGACCAGUAACCACUAGCAUCUUUUGGAAUCCCAGGUCUCCGUUUUAACACGUUUUAUUUUGUGGGAGAAUGUAUGUGACCCUGGUGGGAAUUUUUAAUUUACAUGGAUGCCUUAUGAUGAUUGUCAAAUUAAACUAAGCUUUGUGACAA